AUGCUGUGCGCAAUCUCCGGAGAAGCUCCACAGGUGCCUGUUGUUUCACGAAAGAGCGGUAAUGUUUUCGAGAAGCGUCUUAUCGAGGCAUACAUCUCAGAGAAUGGCAAAGACCCAGUUAGUGGAGAGGACCUUACUGUCGAGGACCUGGUAGAACUCAAAACCGCGCGCAUAGUUCGACCACGUCCGCCUACCCUCACAUCUAUUCCGUCCCUCCUAGGCGUUUUCCAGGAAGAAUGGGAUGCGCUCGCACUCGAAACAUAUACUUUGAAACAAACUCUGGCUCAGACUCGACAGGAACUCAGCACAGCCCUUUACCAACAAGAUGCGGCCGUCAGGGUAAUUGCAAGACUGACAAAGGAAAGAGAUGAGGCUCGCGACGCCUUGUCGAAAGUAUCUGUCGGUGCAGGUCGCGUUCACAGCAAUGGCGAUGCUAUGCAAGUAGAUAGCACUGGGCUGCCACCUGCUGUUAUUGCUAGGAUAGAAGCUACACAAGAGCAAUUAUCGAAAACACGUCGCAAACGGACUGUUCCAGAUGAAUGGGCCACAGGAGAAACGAUACAAGAGUAUAAACCGACGGAUAGCUCUGAUGCUAUCUACCCAGGCGGGAAGUCCUUAUCCCUCGAUCAAUCCGGUAAUCUCGUGUUGGUCGGAGGUGUUGAUGGAGUAGCUGGGAUAUAUUCACUGGCUGAGAAGCGGAUAGUAUCGUCGCUGAAAGUUGACGGUGCUGUAACGGAUGCAGUAUGGAUAGGGGACAAAGCGGCUGUUGCGACUUCGACUGGCGCAGUGAAGAUAUUUGAGAAUGGCACGGAGGUUGCCAGCUUCAAUUCACAUGCUGGCAAAGUAACUUCACUGGUAACGCACGCUACGGGCGACAUCAUUGCGUCUGUGGGCGUGGAUAAAAGCUAUGUUCUCUACGACCUUGCUGCCAAUUCUGUCAUCACCCAAAUUUACAGCGAUGCUGCCUUAACUUGUGUUAAAUUCCACCCUGAUGGCCAUCUUGUCGCUGCUGGUGGUACCGACGGCCAGAUUAAAAUUUUCGAUGUCAAAAGCGGAACAAGGGCAGCUAAUUUCACGGCCGGCGGCCCACUCAAGGCUCUGUUCUUCUCAGAGAACGGCACGUGGCUAGCAUCUGUGACUGAAAACUCUUCAACAGUUUCAAUAUGGGAUUUGCGCAAGUCGGCGGAGAUCAAAGUGCUAGAAACGGGAAACCGCGUAGAUUCCAUCAGUUGGGACUAUACUGGACAAUUUUUAUUGACUGGCGGGCCGAAUGGAGUGACGGUACAGCAAUAUUCCAAAGCAUCCAAAAAAUGGUCAGAGCCUCUGCGAAGCGCGGUACCCACGGUUGCAGUAGAGUGGAGAAAAUCGGCUCAAGGGAUUGUGACGCUGAACGGCGAUGGCGUCCUUACGGUGGUGGAAGCAAAGCCAUGA